AUGCCUCCACGUGAGCAAACUCCAAGAAACAUUGGAGAAACCAGUCCACUGAAUUAUAUAGCACAUACGAACCAGAAAGAAUUGAUCGAUAGCCACAACAGCCCGCUCUCAGCCGAGGAAGCGGCUGAAGCUUACCGAGAAAUCUACCGAAAAGCACGGAAAGACGGCAUGGAUAAGUAUAUGAGAGAAAGUGAUGUCGAUAUUGUUGUCGCGAAUUCUGAUUGCACGUUGGUUAUCUGGGCGGCAAAUGCUGCACAUCCGAGUGCCACGGUUCCACUUGGUAACAUUGGGAAUGGACAUCCGUAUGGACUAUUUCUAAUUGCAAGGGCUGGUCGCGAGGAUUUGAUCUUCAGAUUCAUGAGUGCUUUUGAGGCCACGUUCCCGAAGAUUCAGGGGCCUCGCUUCGAAUAG